AUGGCGCCAUCAGCUGCAAUGCUCAUACUCUCGCAUCCUCUUCUUAGCCACAAAAGGACGACAAACCAGUCUCCAUCACCGCCUGCCGUUAAGUCAAUGCGUGUUUCUGAUCUUCUUUUGCCGUGGAGGUCAUCGGACGGUGAGGAUGGCUCUGCCGUUAGUAUCAGCAAGCUCUAUGGCGAUCUACUGGAGAAGCAUUUCCAAGAAGCUCUUGAACUUAGCUUCUGGUAA